CCAAAAAUCAGGGUCCGAUGGCCUUCACCAACUCCUCCCUCUUGGCUUCCAAUCUCACUCUCCGUCGCUCUGUACUUUCCGAUUCCGAAUUUGCCCCUCCGGACGAGGCCCCCAAGCUCCUCCUUCCCUCUCUCCAUGCCAACACUUUGUCCAGAAAGUUGAACGUUGCGUGUGCCUCUAGCAAUGGUGUCAAUGCAGUUGGUUCCUCCUCGCCGAAGUCUGAUCAAGAUGCUGAUUAUGUUCCAAUGCCAGUUGUCAUGAUUGAUCAAGAUUCAGAUUCUGAUGCAACUAUUGUGCAACUCAGCUUUGGGGAUCGCCUUGGAGCUCUCAUUGACACUAUAAAUGCAUUAAAAGAUUUGGGAUUGGACGUAGCAAAGGGAACAGUUGUCACUAAGGGACCGGUUAAACAGACGAAGUUUCAUAUAACGCGGUUAGACACUGGGCGCAAAGUUGAAGAUCCUGAUAUGUUAGAGAGAAUCCGACUUACCAUCAUCAACAAUCUAUUAAAAUAUCAUCCAGAAUCUAGUCAGCUACUUGCAAUGGGUGAAGCUUUUGGAAUAAAAGCUCCGGAGAAUAAGCUUGAUGUUGAUAUCACAACUCAUAUACAUGUGAAGCAAGAUGGACCUAAGAGGAGCUUGCUUUAUAUAGAGACUGCAGAUCGACCAGGAUUGCUUGUAGAAGUUAUCAAAAUCAUUGCUGAUGUUAAUAUCGAUGUGGAAUCAGCUGAGAUUGAUACAGAAGGUUUGGUUGCCAAAGAUAAAUUUCAUGUCAGCUACAGAGGGGAAGCCUUAAAUAGUUCCUUGUCCCAGGUGUUGGUGAACUGUCUGCGUUACUACAUUCGCAGGCCAGAAACAGAUAUAGAUAGUUACUAAUACCCUGGAGGAGCUGAACUUGUUUGUAAAUCACAUAUAAUGGUUCUUGUACCUGCCAUGUUGAAGUGAGUUUUCAAUAGUUACCUUGUUGAAGCUAGUUUUCAGUACUCGUGCUCAUGUUCCUGAUCCUGCACAUGGUUUUCCUUUCUGGAUAGCAAAACUAUAAAUAAUUACAAUGAAUUGCAAGGAAUGUUUUAUGCCAAAUAUGCGCAGACAAUUAACACUUAUUUCUCAUUUGAUACAAUUUUUCUGUAAUGCAUUAUCAUGCAUGGAAACUCAUGGAUUUUAAGCACUGGGGGCCUUAAUUUUGCACUGUUUAAACCCGUGUUUGAGCUGUAAGGAACUUCUUCUAAGAGCAGAGUACCAGGAUUUAAAAGCAAAUUCUAAUUUUCUUGG